AUGGCUACUACUUCAUCGAUGUUUAUGUACAGCUUGACGAUUCAACCACCUACUGCUAUCACACAAGCCAUAAUUGGACAGUUUGCGGGCACUAAGGAACAGCAAAUAGUCACUGCAUCAGGUUCUCGACUUACCCUUCAUCGUCCCGAUCCAUCUCAAGGGAAGAUAACCACAGCUCUAUCGCACGAUGUAUUUGGCAUCAUUCGAGCUAUCGCUGCUUUCCGUUUGGCAGGAAGCAACAAGGAUUAUAUAAUAAUAACUUCUGACUCGGGCCGUAUCGCUAUCGUUGAAUUUUUACCCGUUCAAAACAAGUUUAGCAGGUUACACUUGGAGACCUUCGGAAAAUCUGGGGUCAGAAGAGUUGUCCCAGGGCAGUACCUAGCUGUAGAUCCUAAAGGCAGAGCUUGCCUGAUAUCGUCCGUUGAAAAGAAUAAGCUGGUUUACGUUCUUAACAGAAACUCUCAGGCAGAGCUCACCAUCUCUUCACCACUCGAAGCAAACAAAGCACAGACAUUAGUCUUUGCACUUGUCGCUCUCGACGUUGGCUAUGCAAACCCAGUAUUUGCUGCGUUGGAAGUUGACUACAGUGAAUCGGAUCAGGAUCCAACUGGCCAGGCAUAUGAGGAGACUGAAAAACUCUUAGUGUACUAUGAGUUGGAUCUCGGUCUAAACCAUGUCGUGAGGAAAUGGUCAGAUACUGUUGACCGCUCCGCCACUAUUUUAUUUCAAGUUCCUGGAGGCGCAGAUGGCCCAAGCGGUGUGUUGGUAUGCGGUGAAGACAAUAUUACAUAUCGUCACUCAAACCAAGAAGCUUACAGAGUUCCUAUUCCUCGUCGACGAGGAGCGACCGAGGAUCCUCAAAGGAAACGAUCGAUAAUCGCAGGCGUGAUGCACAAACUCAAGGGCGCAGCGGGUGCAUUCUUCUUUCUCCUACAAACGGAGGACGGUGAUUUGUUUAAGGUCACGAUUGAGAUGGUCGAGGAUGACGCUGGCCAGCCAACUGGAGAAGUAAAGCGCCUCAAGGUCAAGUACUUUGACACUGUCUCCAUAGCUUCCAGCUUAUGUAUUCUCAAAAGUGGUUUCCUUUACGUUGCAAGUGAAUUUGGCAACCAUCAAUUUUACCAGUUCGAAAAGCUUGGCGAUGACGAUGAAGAAGUAGAAUUUACGAGUGACGAAUACCCUACUGACCCUACUGCGCCCUACAGUCCUGUAUACUUUCAUCCACGACCUGCAGAAAAUCUGAGCUUAGUUGAAAGCAUUGAUUCCAUGACACCAAUGAUGGACUGCAAGGUGGCUAACUUGACUGAGGAGGAUGCGCCCCAGAUCUAUUCUUUAAGUGGUACUGGCGCCCACAGCUCAUUCAGAACGCUGAAACAUGGACUUGAAGUGAGUGAGAUAGUCGAAUCAGAACUGCCUGGCGUACCCUCUGCUGUGUGGACAACAAAGUUGACCCGAAAUGAUACUUUCGAUGCUUAUAUCAUACUCUCUUUCUCUAACGGAACAUUAGUACUUAGUAUCGGCGAAACAGUAGAAGAAGUAACUGAAACUGGAUUCCUAUCAAGCGCCUCUACUAUGGCAGUGCAACAGCUUGGUGAAGACGGUCUAAUUCAGGUUCACCCUAAGGGCAUAAGACAUAUUAAAGCUGAUCGACGUGUUCACGAAUGGGCCGCUCCACAACACCGCUCCAUUGUUGCUGCUACAACAAACGAACAGCAAGUUGCUGUUGCGCUCAGCUCAGGCGAAAUAGUUUACUUUGAAAUGGACUCUGAUGGUUCAUUAGCUGAGUAUGAUGAAAAAAAAGAAAUGAGUGGUACAGUCACCUGCCUGAGCCUUGGAGAGGUACCCCAAGGACGUGUUCGAAGCCAAUUUCUAGCCGUAGGCUGCGACGACUCUACUGUACGCAUACUCAGUCUCGAUCCUGAAUCUACGCUCGAGAACAAAUCUGUCCAAGCGCUCACUUCAGCUCCAUCCGCCCUAUCUAUAAUGGCAAUGUCAGACUCAUCAUCUGGUGGCUCAACCCUCUAUCUACACAUAGGACUCUACUCUGGAGUCUACUUGAGAACAGUUCUUGAUGAAGUGACAGGGGAACUUUCUGAUACCAGAACUCGAUUUCUUGGCCCAAAGCCAGUGAAGCUGUUCCGAGUAUCCGUUCAAGGUCAGACAGCGGUUCUAGCUCUCAGUUCAAGACCUUGGCUUGGAUACUCAGAUCCAGUAUCGAAAGGUUUCAUGCUGACACCUCUAAAUUACCCUGGCCUCGAGUGGGGCUGGAAUUUUAGUAGUGAGCAAUGUACUGAAGGAAUGGUAGGCAUCCAGGGUCAAAAUCUUCGUAUAUUCUCUAUUGAGAAAAUCACGGAAAAUCUAUUACAGGAGUCAAUCUCGCUCACUUACACACCAAGAAGAUUUGUAAAACACCCUGAGCAUCCAAUAUUCUAUGUUAUUGAAUCAGAUAAUAACACUCUUUCGCCUGCGACAAGAGAGAAACUCCAAAAUGAUCCAGCAGUAACAAACGGAGAUGCUACAGUCUUGCCUCAUGAUCAAUUUGGUUACCCAAGAGGUAAAGGUCACUGGUCGUCAUGUAUAUCUGUAGUAGAUCCCAUAACUGAAAAGAAGGUACUUCAGAAGAUAGAUCUUGAAGAAAACGAAGCAGCAGUCAGUUUGGCUACUAUAACAUUUUCAAGUCAAGAUGAUGAGAUUUUCUUGGUAGUAGGUACUGGGAAAGAUAUGAUAGUUAAUCCACGCAAUUCGAGCGCAGGUUACCUUCACGUUUACCGGUUCCAUGAGAACGGUAAAGAAAUCGAGUUUAUCCACAAAACCAAAGUGGAGGAGCCAGCAAUGGCCUUGCUCGGCUUCCAGGGCCGACUUCUAGCUGGAGUAGGACGUGACCUAAGAAUAUACGAUCUAGGUAUGCGGCAAUUGCUUAGAAAGGCACAGGCAGAAGUAGUACCAAACUUAAUCGUUGGAUUGCAAACACAAGGCAGCCGUAUCUCUGUCAGCGAUGUUCAAGACAGUGUCGUUAUGGUAGUAUACAAAUAUCAGGAGAACAAGUUAAUACCGUUCGUUGAUGACACCAUCUCUCGAUUUACUACAUGCACAACAAUGGUAGACUACGAGACGGUUGCAGGUGGAGAUAAGUUCGGCAACAUAUGGCUUGUUCGCUGUCCCUCCAAGGCAAGUGAAGAAGCAGACGAAGAGGGCUCUGGUGCGCACCUCUUACAUGAACGUUCUUAUCUCCAAGGAUCACCUCACCGACUAACUCUUAUGGCUCACUUUUUUGCUCAGGAUAUUCCAAUGAGUAUUCAGAAAACAAAUCUAGUUGCGGGCGGACGAGAUUGCCUACUAUGGGGUGGGUUACAAGGAACCCUUGGCAUCCUGAUUCCCUUUGUCAGUCGUGAGGAUGUCGAUUUCUUCCAGACGCUCGAGCAGCAUUUGCGGUCAGAGGACACGCCGCUGGCUGGAAGGGAUCAUUUGAUGUAUCGAAGCUAUUACGUACCAGUGAAGGGUGUUAUUGAUGGUGAUCUUUGUGAGAGAUAUACACUUCUACCAUCAGACAAGAAACAAAUGAUAGCGGGGGAGUUAGAUCGUUCUGUCAGAGAAAUCGAAAGAAAAAUAUCGGAUAUAAGGACCAGAGCAGCAUAUUAA